CUGGGGGACUCGGGCAGCCCUCUCCUCCGGGCCGGGCCCUCUCCCAGCCCCCGGCCCCUCUGCGCAUCCUGACGCUCGUCCAGGACUUCCUGUGGGUCCCAGGUCAGGGGUGAGGAGGGCCUGGAGGGUGGCCACGGCCCGCGGAGAGUGGGGGAGGCAUUUCCCUUUCCUGAACUCUGGGAUCCUGCAGGAGGAAGCUGGGGAGCUGGGCGGGGGCUCAGCAGAGGAAGUGCUGACAGUGGUGGGGCUGACCCUCCCAGGAGCACUGAGCCUUCCUUAGAGAGGAGCCAGGGGUGCCAGAGGCCGGGAUGAGGGGCUUGGCAGAGAGGAGGCCCCAGGGGUGCUGCAGCCCCGGCCCUCGCCAUGGAGUCCAUGUUUGAGGAUGACAUCAGUAUCCUGACCCAGGAAGCCCUGGGCCCCAGUGAGGUGUGGCUGGACGCUCCUGGAGACGCAUCGCUGGGGGGGGACAUGUGCUCCGCCUCCCACUUUGCCCUCAUCACGGCCUACGGAGAUAUCAAGGAGCGUCUGGGGGGCCUGGAGAGGGAGAACGCCACCCUUCGGCACCGCCUCAAAGUUUAUGAGAUCAAGUACCCGCUGAUCAAUAACUUCGGAGAGGAGCACGGCUUCUCUCUGUAUGAAAUCAAGGAUGGCUCCCUGUUGGAGGUGGAGAAGGUCAGCCUACAGCAACGGCUCAACCAGUUCCAGCAUGAGUUGCAGAAGAAUAAGGAGCAGGAAGAACAGCUCGGGGAGAUGAUCCAGGCUUACGAGAAACUCUGUGUGGAGAAGAGCGACCUGGAGACAGAGCUUGGGGAGAUGCGGGCCCUGGUGGAGACCCACCUGCGGCAGAUCUGUGGUUUGGAGCAGCAACUGCAGCAGCAACAAGGCCUCCAGGACACAGCGUUCUCCAGCCUGAGCCCCCCGCUGGGCCCGCCCUGUGCUGAUCUGGACCUGCACUACCUGACCCUGAGAGGGGGGUCUGGCUUGAGUCACGCAGGCUGGCCCGGCCCCGCGCCGAGUGUGAGUGAGCUGGAGCGGAGGCGCCUGGAAGAGGCUCUGGAGGCUGCCCAGGGAGAAGCCCGGGGGGCUCAGCUCCGGGAAGAGCAGCUCCAGGCCGAGUGCGAGCGGCUGCAGGAGGAGCUGAAGCAGCUGCAGGAGACCCGGGCCCAGGAUCUGGCCUCCAACCAGUCGGAGCGGGAGAUGGCGUGGGUGAAAAGAGUUGGAGAUGAUCAGGUGAACCUGGCGCUGGCUUACACGGAGCUGACGGAGGAGCUGGGCCGGCUGCGGGAGCUGAGUUCGCUGCAGGGGCGGAUCCUGAGGACGCUGCUGCAGGAGCAGACGAGGAGCGGCGGCCAGAGGCACUCGCCGCUGUCGCAGCGCCACUCCCCGGCCCCCCAGUGCCCCUCGCCCUCCCCGCCGGCGCGAGCGCUGCUGAUGGAGACAGUGGGCUCUGACGUCCGCAGCUGCCCCCUCUGCCAGCUGGGUUUCCCCGUCGGGUAUCCGGACGACGCCCUCAUCAAACACAUUGACUCCCACCUGGAGAACAGCAAGAUCUAG